AAAAAAAUAAAAGGAAGAAGCGUCACUGCCUUCCUUCAUCCUUGGUUGUUCGCUCGACCUGGCGAUGUUGUACCAGGAGACGCUGACGAUUGGUGGAAUGUAACGUUGUUGCUUCUCGUUUUCGCUACAAUCGGAAUCAUUCGUAUUCGCUCUUCACCUCUCUGGGUUUCGUCCUUCAAAACAGUGAAAUCGAGAUUCAUUUUUCUAGCUAGUGCUGGGUAACUAAACCCUAGAUUGCACGAGGACGAGUUAACAUGGACUGGAUAAACAAAUCUACUCCUUGUUUGGAAAGUUCCAAUUUGGCAAACGGUGUUCAAGGAAAUGUUCCUCUUCAGCGUCAGGAGAGACUUGUUUGCCAUUCUUCGUCAACCGAUGUAGAUAUGGACCUUAGAGAAGUUUAUUUCCUUAUAUUGCAUUUUCUCUCUACCGGCCCCUGCGAUCGAACCUUUGGGCACCUGAGAGAUGAAAUUUUGGAAAAAGGGCUUUUGCCCCGUAGGUAUCAUUCCUUGUGGUCAAGAAGUGGCACUUUCACUGGGCUUCCUGACGAUGAUGGCAUCUCGCUCCCUCUGACUUAUGACAACUUGGUUGAGAGGUAUCCUCAUAUUGAAAAGGAUCACUUGGUGAAGCUUCUCAAACAACUUAUUUUAAACCCACCUUUUCCUUCACACGUGAGAGUCCAAGGAAAUACUCCUAAUGCUGCUGAUGUUCCAACGCUAUUAGGAUCGGGCGCCUUUUCACUUGUGGAUCAUAAAAUUAUGGAGUCUCAGAAAGUUAGGCAUGUUGCAUCAUACUUACGCUGGCCGCAUAUGCAUGCUGAUCAAGUGCGUGGCCUGAGUCUUAGAGAAAUUGGAGGAGGUUUCAGAAAACACCACCGUGCUCCUUCCAUUAUUUCAGCUUGUCAUGCUAUUGCAAAACCAUCAACAAUGGUUCAAAAGAUGCAAAAUAUAAAGAAGCUCAGAGGACAUCGUAAUGCUGUUUACUGCGCUAUAUUUGAUCGUUCUGGAAGAUAUGUUAUCACUGGUUCCGAUGACCGGCUUGUGAAAAUUUGGUCAAUGGAAACUGCGCUUUGCUUGGCGAGCUGCCGCGGGCAUGAAGGUGACAUUACAGACUUGGCCGUUAGUUCAAACAAUGCUUUGGUAGCAUCAGCUUCAAACGAUUUUGUGAUUCGAGUGUGGAGGUUGCCUGAUGGAAUGCCAAUUUCUGUAUUGCGGGGACAUACUGGAGCUGUUACUGCAAUUGCAUUUAGUCCCAGACAGGCGUCUGUUUACCAACUUUUAUCGUCAUCAGAUGAUGGAACCUGUCGAAUCUGGGAUGCUAGGUACUCUCAAUGGCUUCCUAGAAUCUAUGUUCCAUGUCCGUCGGAUUCUGGCACUGGAAAAAGCGAUUUUACAUCUUCUAACGCGGCAUCUACAAGCAAUGCAUCCCAGAAUCUUCAAAUACUAUGCUGUGCGUACAAUGCUAAUGGAACCAUAUUCGUCACGGGUAGCUCUGACAGCAAUGCGAGGGUUUGGAGUGCCUCAAAACCUAACUUGGAGGAUGCUGAACAGCCGACUCAUGAGCUGGAUGUUCUACGUGGCCAUGAGAAUGAUGUCAACUAUGUGCAGUUUAGUGGUUGUGCUGUGGCUCCAAGAUCUUCAACAACUGAAACUCUGAAGGAAGAUAAUUACCCAAAGUUUAAGAAUUCCUGGUUUUGUCAUGACAACAUCGUAACGUGCUCUCGUGAUGGUAGUGCAAUUAUAUGGACACCAAGAUCACGUAAAUUCCAUGGGAAAUCUGGACGCUGGGUGAAAGGAUAUCAUUUGAAGGUUCCACCUCCCCCACUUCCGCCACAACCUCCUCGAGGAGGGCCACGUCAGAGGUUUCUUCCAACACCACGGGGUGUCAAUAUGAUUGUAUGGAGCCUGGAUAAUCGUUUCGUACUUGCCGCUAUCAUGGAUUGCAGGAUUUGUGUUUGGAAUGCUGCUGAUGGUAGCUUAGUGCAUUGCUUAACAGGUCACAGUGAAUCGUCCUAUGUCUUGGAUGUCCACCCUUUCAAUCCACGGAUUGCUAUGAGCGCCGGCUAUGAUGGGAAAACAAUCAUCUGGGAUAUAUGGGAGGGUAUACCAAUCAAAGUAUACGAUAUCGGGCGGUUUAAGCUAGUUGAUGGAAAGUUUUCACAAGAUGGAACAUCUAUUGUGCUUUCAGAUGAAGUUGGCCAGAUAUAUUUUCUAAACACGGGACAAGGGGAGUCUCAAAAAGCUGCUAAAUACGACCAGUUCUUCCUUGGUGAUUACCGUCCUCUUAUUCGAGAUACCAAUGGACAUGUUCUUGAUCAGGAGACUCAACUUCUUCCCCAUCGGAGGAACCUUCAAGAUCUUCUUUGUGAUUCAAGUAUGAUUCCGUAUCCAGAACCUGACCAGACAUUGUUUCAGCAACGCAGACUGGGUGCAUUAGGAGUGGAAUGGCGUCCUUCGUCGAUAAAGCUUUCUGUUGGCCCUGAUUUUAGUCUAGGUCAAGAUUAUAUUAUGCCUCCUAUGGCAGAUCUGGAUAGAUUGAUCGAGCCACUGCCUGAGUUUAUAGAUGCUAUGUUCUGGGAACCAGAACAUGAAGUUCUGAGUGAUGACAAUGAUUCGGAGUACAAUGCCGAAGUUUCCUCUGAUGGAGCUAGGGCAAGCCUAUGUUCCAACUCGUCAAAUGAACUUGAGUGCAGUUCCGAGGACAGUGACGUUGAAAAUAUUUACGAAAAUUUCUAUCAUCGGAAAAGAAGAAGACAGCAUCCUAGAGCUGAUGUGGCUACGUCAUCUGGAAGGCGUGAUAAGAGGAUUUUGGAUGAGAUUGAUAGCUCGAAAUUUGGAAAUAAGAGAACCAAGAACCGAAGAAUUGGUGUGAAGGCUUCAAAAAGAAGAUGUUCUGAUGUCAAGGAAUCACGACCGCAAAGAGCAGCCGCCCAAAAUGCUCGAUCCUUGCUUUCAAAAAUUUCUGGAAGCUCUUCGGAUGAAGUUGAUGAUUCAUCCAGUAGUGACUCUGAUAGAAGCGCAUCACCUUUGCAACAGUUGGAAAAGCCGUCACAGAAGCUGGAAUCUCUUUCAAAUGACAAACAAAAGAAAAGAUUGAUUGUAAAGAUCUCGGUUAAGAAGCCAGCAGAGUCCGUGGUUAGCAAGAGAGAUGUAAUAAAUCAAGCUGAUUUAGAGCACGUUUCUUCGAAAUCUUUGGAGGAGAAUCAGAAAGUAAUUGGUAUAUACUCUAGAGAAUCUGGGUCAAGUUCUGUAGAUGCAAAAGGUGCGUCAUGGUAUCAGGAUAUGCCACCUUCUAUGAAUACACCACAGAGAGAAAAGGCCAAUAAUCAGUUGAUAAAAUCUUUAGAUCAGGACCAGAAUAUGUGCAACUGGAGGGAAGAGAUUCCUCUUUGUGAAUCCACCGAAUUAAAUGCGUCUGAGAACAUUGAAGAAGCCCAAGCAUUUAAUGAGGAUGAGGAUUUGUCAAGAGUUGAGCCAUUGUCUGCUCAGCUAAGACAUUCGGAUAUAGAUACUUCCUUGGAAGCUGAGGAGAUUAUUCCAAAGAAAGUUCGACGACUGAGAUUAAAGCUUCGGCACCCCAGCAGUCCUUUAAAACUAGAGCCUGAUGAGGUAGCAGAUGAUUUCGCAGAUGGUGGAGAAGGUUGUGCAUCCAUAGCUCCCUUUUCCAUGAAUCCUAUUAUGGAUUCUGAACCUGUGAUAGAUAAUGUUAGAUACUCUCCUGCACAUGAAGUUGAGUUUGGAGAAGCUACAGCCGAUGUGAUACGUAGAAAGAGAUCCAUGAGACUGAAGGCCACUUCAAGUCAAUCUAGUGCAAGAAAUAGUGUAUUACGCUUGAGGUCAGGCUCUGGAUCUGUAGAUAAAGUAAAGAAACAAGGAAAUCCUUCCGCAAGCGUGUAUGAUGGUGCAUCACUUGAAGAAUGGCCUUCUACUUCAAGAGCUGGGUCUCGGUCUGCAAGCGCUAAUGCCAGCAAACAAAGUCUGAAUAGUGGGAUAAGGUUGAAUAACGUGUCAAGGAAAAUCUCAUGGUUGAUGUUGUCAGAACACGAGGAAGGCUGCCGUUAUAUACCGCAGCUAGGGGAUGAAGUUGUUUACUUGAAGCAGGGUCAUCAAGAAUUCCUAAAAACUAGAGAAUUAGAUGACAGGGACCGAUCAAGAUACCUUCCUCGAAACCUAGGAGCGGUAGAGUUUUGUAAAGUCGAAAAACUCAACUACGAUACAUAUCCUGGUUCUGGCGAGAGCUGCUGCAAAAUGACUCUCAGCGUUCUGGAUUCUUCUUCAUCUCAUGCCUCCCGCAAAGAGUUCCAACUAACACUGCCUGACCUCGUUAAUUUCCCGGAUUUUAUUGUGGAGAAGACUCGAUACGAUGCUGCAAUUAAGACAAACUGGGAAAUAGGUGAUGAAUGCCGUGUGUGGUGGAGAAACGAAUCCGGUGAAGGAGGUGCUUGGUGGGAAGGGAGGAUUGAGUCAUCACAAGUUAAGUCUAAUGAGUUCCCAAGCAGUCCGUGGGAGAGAUACGGAGUUGUCUAUGAAAAUGGGGAGACGAGUCUUCACAGUCCCUGGGAGUUUGAAAAUCCGCAGUUACCUUGGGAAAAUUCUACAAUGGACGAAGAGCCAAGAGAUAAAUUACUUUCUUUAUUUGCUGGACUAGUGAAGUCAGUCAGCAAGCAUCAGGAUAGUUAUGGAAUCCAAAAGCUAAACGAAGCUGCUCAAAAGAUGGAUUUCUGCAAUAGGUUCCCAGUGCCUUUAUACCCAGAGCUGAUUCACCAGAGAGUAGAGAAUCAGUACUACAGAAGUAUGGGGUCGUUUAAGCACGACGUGGAUGCAAUGCUGUCAAACGCUGAAUCUUAUUUUGGUACAAACCCACAUAUGCGUUCUAAGAUAAAGCGACUCCGAGAUAAAAUCACAAAAACGUUAAGAAAAGUUUCACAAAGUUGAUGAUAUGAUAUGUUUUGUUUUCUAAACUCCCUAGGCGGUGGCCAUUUUUUUCUAUGAGGAUAUUUAUAUAGCGAAGAAAAUGCAAGAGUUUUCACUUUAGUAAACAAAAGAAAGGUCGGUUUUCUUUGGGUGAGUGGCACAAGGUUCAUGUUAUAGAUGGGGUCGCUUUAGUUCCACGAGACUAACAUGUAUGUAGUAUAAAAAUGUACUCUUUUGUUACAGGAGUGACAUAAGGAGUCUGGUUUUAUUUUCAGCCCAUUACAAGUACGAAU